UACGUGUCGCUCUUUGGCUGACCUUCCCAACGCACUCAUAGUUCCCAACGCCAACCCAACGGUCACUCAUCAAGGCGUCCGUUUAUCGUCAAUCGUCGCGGCUACCUUUAGAAUGAGCAGCUCGGAAGAAGUAUCAUGGAUAUCGUGGUUCUGUGGCCUCAAAGGCAACGAGUUCUUCUGCGAGGUGGACGAAGAUUACAUCCAGGAUAAAUUCAAUCUGACUGGUUUGAGCGAGCAGGUGCCGCACUAUCGCGACGCCAUCGACAUGGUGCUCGACCUUGAGCCGGCAGAUGAGGAUGAACACGACGACGCGAACCAUGCGGAUAUGGUCGAGCAGGCGGCCGAGCUGCUGUACGGUCUUGUUCAUGCGAGAUAUAUCCUGACGAAUAGAGGGAUAUCGCAGAUGGUGGAGAAGUAUCAGAGCGGCGAGUUUGGUCAUUGCAGUCGUUACUACUGCGACAAUCAACUUCUCCUCCCUGUCGGUUUGUCUGAUCUGCCGGCCGAGGCCAUGGUGAAGCUCUAUUGCCCAAAAUGCCAGGAAGUCUAUAACCCCAAGUCGUCGCGACAUCAGCACAUCGACGGCGCCUUCUUUGGCACAAGUUUCCCUCACAUGCUCUUCAUGGUACAUCCCGAGCUGCGCCCCCCACGAACACAAGCACAAUACAUACCAAGAUUAUACGGUUUCAAGCUUCACCCGUUGGCACACCAGAUACAGUAUCAAGCCGGUGAACGAGCUAGGAUGACACACCCACGGCAGCCGCGAGGGAAGGGGCCACAGUUCAAGUGACACGUAACACAGCUUGAUGUACAGUAGGGUGUAAAGUGGUAUCGAGAUCUUAUGUUGUUUACACUAACUAAAGUCAGGAUUUAUACUACAGAUUGUAGCACAGAAAGGUAUUCUGUAUGAAGACAUCUCUGUGCAAUUGAGAAAGCAAUAUGAGGGCGAGAAUACUAACAGUAGAGUCUAAGUACACGUCUUUGUCAAAUUGUCAGUGUCAGUAUGUACAAUAGUUGUGAUGAACAAGAUGUAUGUGUAAUACAUUCGUGUUAAUUAAUUAAUUAUUUAA